UGUGACUGUUUUGAAUUCGUGUGAUAUGUAAAGUGGACUGAUAACCAAGUAACCAUGACAGCAGUGCCACCUCCCCAAGCAUAUGCGGGGUCGUCUCCCAAUGACAGUCAAUAUUACUACAGUGACAACUCCACAUGGACCAAGGACUUCCUGGUCACGCGUGACCCAGUGUUCGUAAAUAAAGCUGUAGUGAAUGGCGAGUACAUAGGUCGGCAACCACACACCUACAUCUACCUCGCAAUAGCUGUCACAGUUCUGAAUCCUCUUCUUGGACCCUUCGCCAUAAUGUUUGCUGUGAUGUCUAGUCGGUCCUAUGACGACGGUGACGUCAAGACAGCCUUGAAGUGGGCAAAUUAUGCAUUUAUGCUGUCCAUGAUGACGAUAGGCAUCUCAAUCAUUGUAUAUAUAGCAAUAGGAUUUUCUUUGAGUCCUCUUGGAACAAAAGGAGGUCACACUCCUUGAUUUCCUGAACCAACCUUGUAUAUAUGUAUAUAGAUCAUCAUUCCUACAACAAUCUCAUUUAAUUAAGACAAUGAUUUGUCUGUAAUAAUUGGGUAAUAAUCCCUGAUCUGUCCAU